AUGGAGAAAGUUGACAAGCAUGCUGCUGCCUUCAACGCCUUGAACUUGGAUAGAGGCACCUUGGUUGGCAAAGGAGCCACAGCCGAGAUCGUCCUUGCGUCAUCUCGAGACGACAUAUCCAGGAAAUGUGCCGUGAAGAUAUUCGACCUAGCGUUAUACGAUGGUUGUAAUGAGUGGGGCUUCAUCAAGGAAGUUGAAGUCUUGAAGGAGCUUCGCCAUCCACGUAUCGUCUCGCUAGUGACGUCUUUGGCCGAUCCUCGCCACAGAUAUAUUGUCUUAAAGUACUAUCCGAAAGGGAGCCUGGACGCGAAGUUCAGAGUUUUGGAGCCCCCGCAAGUACUUCGGUAUAUUCGUGACAUCGGAACAGCGCUAGAAUACACACACAGUCGAGGAAUCUACCACCGGGACAUCAAACCGGCCAAUGUUCUUGUAGACGAGGAAGACCACGCAGUUUUAUGUGACUUUGGCCUGUCAGGACGGUUGAAGAACGGCGACACCAAAGUGACCAGAUGGAACACCAGUCUCGGAUUCCACGGACCUGAAACCAAGAAAGGAGAAGAGAUGUGCCCUUACAAGCUCGACAUGUACAGCUUGGGAGUGACAAUGUGGGUCUGCUUUUACAAGAAGUACCCGCUCUGUUUCGACCCUCUGGCUAGCUCGGACUACUGCGAGAUGGUCAAGGAUCCUUACAGGACAGUUCUCCUCCACCUACUUCACGAGGAUCCCGAGCAACGUUGGAGCGCCUCAGAUCUGCUCCGCGAAGCGUCUUUGACGUUGAGCACCCCCGAGGCUUAG